UGGCAUAUGUACAUGUGUGUUUAUUUUUUAAUAAAAUAGUUGUGUUUUUAAAAUGCUUUUAAAUAUAUAUUUUAAUUUAUGGAAGUUUAAUCCGAAUAAAUUAAGCCUUCAAAAUUUUUCAAAGCAAUCACUUCUAAUACAAAAGCGGAAACGGUCAUCAUCAGAUUCAAAUAAAUGCUCGAACGAAGUGAAAGCAUCGGCUACAAGGUAUAACUUCCACGAGGAAUGUGAAAAAGCAAUUAACGAUCAAAUAAACAAAGAAUUAUCUGCAGGUUACUUAUAUUUAAACAUGGCCAGCGUGUUCAGCCAUGAUACGAUUGCUUUGCCAGGUUUCCAUGCAAUGUUUUCAUUUAAUGCCAAGGAUGAGGUAGAACACGCUAUGAAAUUAGUACACUAUCAGAACCUGCGAGGCGGACGAUUGAAACUGUAUGCAAUUCAACCACCUGAAGAGGAAAUAUGGAAUCCUACAUCUGCCGUAACGAUUUCACUUAACACUGAAAAAAAUGUCUUAGACAGUUUAAUCAAAGUGGCUGAAAAGGGUAAUGAACAUGGUGAUAUUAAUUUAGAAGACUUUAUUACAACCCAAUUUCUCCCUGAACAAUAUGAAGCCCUAAAGUUUUUAGGAAGUUUACUAGCACAAAUAAAACGUGUCCAGGAUGGAGAGGGUUUAUUCAUGCUUGACUUGGAUCUGUUAAAAACUUACAGAAAAAAGAUUAAAAAAUAAGCAACAACUAAA